UCUCCGCCUUUCCUCUCUAUGGUAGCCGUGGUUGGAGGCGGCGCCAGGACGGCCGCUCUAUCCCUCCUCCCGCGGGGCUCUAUGCUGCGGGAACUCUAUGGUGGGGCUCUCUAGGCGAGGCCUCGGCGGGGACUCUAUGGUCGCUGCCGUCCUCACGAUGCCGCCGGCGCCGCUUCCCUGAGGCGGAGACGGGAACGGCCCCGGCCCCGGUUCUCCCCAGGCGCUGCCACGGCGGGGCCCGGCUGGGCUCUGAGUUCCCACCCAGGAGGUGCUGGGAGGCAGCAUCACAACUCAGCUCAGUUGAUGAUGGAAGAGGUGCCCAAGAGCAGCAGCAACACCUCAGUGAGCCCUCCCCAAACCUCAGCUGUCCAAGGUACAGCCCUGCAGGCAGCUCAGCUCUCUCAUAUUGCUCAACAGAUGUCUCUAAGAGGUCCUGCUCCCCUGACAGUUGUUCAGCUUCCUGGAGAGCAAGUCCAGGUCCAGGGGGUCAUUCAGACAGCUCAGUCCUCUUCUGUAAUCCACUCACCCCAGGUGCCAACAGUGCAGGUGUCUUUGUCUGAGAGUGAAGAUUCUCAGGAUUCCUCAGACAGCAUAGGCUCUUCACAGAAAGCUCGGGGGAUCUUGGCUCGGCGUCCCUCUUACAGAAAAAUUUUGAAAGAUCUUUCUUCUGAAGACACCCGUGAUAGGAAAGGAGAUGAGGAGAGUCCUGGUGUCUCCACUGUUACAUCCAUGUCUGUUCCCACUCCCAUCUACCAGACAAGCACUGGACAGUACAUUGCCAUUGCUGCCAAUGGUUUGCAGCUGGCCAGCCCAGGGGCAGAUGGAGUGCAGGGGCUGCAGACACUGACAAUGACCAACACUGGUGGCACUCAGCCUGGGACAACCAUCCUGCAGUAUGCUCAGACAUCAGAUGGCCAGCAGAUCCUCGUCCCCAGCAACCAGGUGGUGGUGCAGACUGCAUCAGGGGACAUGCAGACCUACCAGAUCCGAACCACCCCAACCACCACCUCCCUUCCUCAGACUGUGGUGAUGACAUCUCCUGUCACUCUGACCUCACAGACAAGCAAGACAGAUGAUCCCCAGCUGAAACGAGAGAUCAGGCUGAUGAAGAACAGGGAAGCUGCUCGGGAGUGCCGCAGGAAGAAGAAGGAAUAUGUUAAAUGUCUGGAAAAUCGAGUUGCAGUCCUGGAAAACCAGAACAAAACACUAAUUGAAGAGCUAAAAACUUUGAAAGAUCUUUACUGUCAUAAAAGUGUGUAAGAAAAGAAGGUAAACAUUUUGUGGACUGCUUAAAUUCCAGAGGAUUUUUUUUUUUUAUACUGAAUUUUUUAAACUAGAUGAAAGGUCAAAAAACUGAAACUUUUCUACCUAGAUUUCACAACUGAAAGACAAUGUAGAUUUUAUUUACAACACGUUGGUGACAAAGUACAAAGAGGAAACAAGAAAACCUUGCCCAAAUUCCUGCUGGCACAACUGGAAACUUGAGAAAGCCAAGAUUGCAUCUGCAAUAGAAGGAGAGUUGGACAGUUUCAUGAGGCAGGUGAUGAGAAUUCUGUUGAAAAUUUCUACAAAUCCCUCUGGUAAUGGAGGUUACAAAUCCAAUGUGGAUGAAAUGGAACCCUUGCCAUAGCUGACAUUAUUAGUAACAUUUAUACCCAGUGUAUCUCUUGAUUUCUUACUCUUUUUUCAAUCCUUGCUUUUUCUUUCAGUUAUUUGUAUGUAAAUAAUUUUAUUUGAAUCUGUAAGGUGUUUUUUUUUUUUUACAGGUUCAGGUGAUAACCAAGCUACUACUUUGCUAGAGGUAUAAAUUAUGUUUACUCCUUCUCAGCUGACAGUUUUAAAAGUUGGGUUGGUGGUUUGUUUUUUUUUCAGUGUUUGCUGUGUUUAUCAACUUUGGAAGGGAUCUGCAGAAAGCAGUGAGAGGGAUAGUCCUGAAAAUGUCUGAGGCACAGGAAAUAAGGUGUUGACUUAAGAGAAAUCAACAAAUCCAAUAAUUUUCAAGUAUGGUGAGCAAAUAUCCCUGAAGAAUGGUUUCACAAUCAUUUUUUCUUAGUGACUGGGCAUGAUCAACAUCAGUAAUUGAAAUGUGUGCUGAUUAUACCAAUUAGCCAUGUGUUGAUUGUUCUGUCUGGAGAUUCUACUGUGCUUUGGAACAUUUAAACCAAAUAGAAGAAAUAAAAAGAUAAAAAAAGGAAGAUGUAUACCAAAGGGUUAAUGAGGUUCUAAUAUAUGGUUUACAUGCUGAAAGUGAUGCAAAAUUUCUGGAUUAAUUUUGUAAGGUAGGUGAUAUUUUGCAAAGUAAUGGUACCUUUGUAAGAAAAAUAUUCUAUUGAGAAACAGGUAGAUGGUUGUUAUAUUUUGUAGCUAAAUUUGUGAUCUUUGCAAACUCUGCAGUUGAGUUUCUAUGAGUAUUUUGACAGUUUAUAUAUUUCAUUUUAGUAAGCAAAUGAAAUAUUUUGUGAACCAGAUUUUCAAGCCUAUAUUUUUAUGGAUAGUACAAAGUCAAAUGAAAUCCUUUUUGGCUUAGGAGAUAUUUGAAUUAAUUUUGUAUGUCUGUAGGCAACUUGAAAAAAAAAAAAAGGAUCCUAAAGAGUAUUGGGGGAAAAAGAAAAAAUCAGGGCUUUUUAUUCCCCAGAGAUAAUAAUACCUGCACAUUAUAUCUGAUUGCUAUCAGAGACUCUAGUUUAUAUGAUUUUAAUUUGUUUCAGGUGAAAAAUUCAAUGUUUGACAUGAUCAGGACUCUUUUGGGUGUGGAAUCUCCCUUUCUGGAGAUGCUCCAAGCUGCCUGGAUGUGGUGCUGGGCACCCUGCUUUGGGUGACCCUGCUUGAGCAGGAGGUUGGACCAACCUCAACCAUUCUGUGAUUCUGUGAAAUAGCAAGAUGUGUCUGCAGUGCUUAUUGCAUGAAUAAUAAAUAAGAUUCUUUUCCAUAGUUAGGAUUGAAUCCUGCUUCCAGUUCUGUCAGUGGGAAUUGCACUAUGGAUUCUGCUUCUCACGAGGUGUUAGAGCUCCAUGUGUGUCUUGUGCUAGCUCGGAUCUGAGUGACAUUAAAAGGUGUGCUCACUCCCUAGGUGUCUGAUGCUUACCAUAUGGUCAGUCAGUAUUUUAUUUUUUAUUUUAUUUUACUCAUUUUUUAAUUAAUGGACUCUUUAGCAAGCAGAGCUCUUUGAAAAUGGUAGGAGAAAGACUGCAUUCCACAAUCACCUUGUUAGUAGGCUACAAAAAUCUUAUUUUUUUUUUCCUCAAGUUUCUAAGUAUUUGAUGGUUCUGGACAUAACCCAUCAUUGUUCCCUUCCAGCCACACGUUUGUGUUCACCACCACGUCCAAACAAGUGCUUUUGGUGCUCAUCAAAAGUCAUGGGCAAGGCUGAGCAAGUCCUUACAUGAUUAGGGAAGAAAAAAUACCUUGGAACAUGCUCAGCACCUCAGAAAUUGGACCUCUGCCUCCCAUCAGGUGUCAGAGGGUUUGACAGCACUGAAACUAAUCUGGUAACUCCUGUGUGGUGUUUUGAACCUCACUGUGUGCUCUUGUUCCUUUAGGUUCUUUUGAAAUACAGAAUAAUAAUAAUAAUAAUUAAAACAACACAAGCUAUCAAGUGUUAAAACUGUAAAACCACGGUGGCCAAUUCUUUCUGUAUGAAGUGAAACAAAAGUAAGUGCUGCCAGACCUGACAUGAGUCAGUUUUUAUCCUCUUGACACACUGCUUUGGGAAGAGCAGCUUAUUUUUCAGCCUGGAAAUAUUAAACAAGUAACCUGAGUUUGCUCUUUGAGUAAUCACUUAUCAUGAAGUACUUAUUUGGGGUUUAUUUCAAAAUCUAGAUAAGAGAAUAAAAUGAGAGUAAGAGAUGCAGCACCUAAUACUGUUCUGCUGGUUAUUUCCAAACAGAAGUACAUGCUUUAUAUGAACUGUAAAUAUUUGUCUAAACAAUUAGAUGGUUGCAAAUUUUGACCUUGAUAAAUAAAGUCGCCAAAAUAUCA